CAGCGACGGUCUCCGCCCGGUAGUGAGCGUCACGGGAACGGUGCGCCAGUGCAGCCGUAUGGGUCAAUCAUUCAUGGACUCGACGCCGUCGUGCGUGCGCCCCGAGCGUCCCCUCGGGGCUCCAGCGGGCCCCCGCCGCUUCCUCGACCACACACCCUCAAUAUUCACACUCGUGUGUGGCACGCGAGUUUUGUCUUCCUCCCCCUUAGCCAUUCAUGAGGGAGGUGGGGCGGGUCCGGGUCGACGCUGAAACUUGCGCCGAGUCGCGCCCGCGGAGCCAAACUCCCCGCAGAGCGCUGCUCAGCAGCACUUUUGGCCGCUGACCAAGGAGGCGGGCACGGACCAAGACCUACGGCGCCGCCAGGAGGGUGGACCCGGGGUAAAAAUUCGGGGGGCCAUGAAGUCGAAGCCUCUCACCACGUUCAUCCUCUCGCUGCUGGACGACAUCUCCCCCGGCAAGAACGACACGCACUGGAGGCGUCUCAAGUUUUCCCUACGCGGCAACUGGGUGUCGCUGGUCGCGAGCGUGAUCACGCUCUUCCUGGAGCUGAGCGCGGUGACUGUCCCGGGCUCCAUCCCGCACGACCAGGUGCCGGUGCACGUCUCCCUCCUCCUGGGCGUGUACUCGUGCAUUUUCGCCCAGGUGUACCUCGUGCGACGGGUCCACCUGCUGCAGAGGUGCCUGGCCCUCAUCGCGUCGGCCGCCUCCCGGGUGGAGGAGCACGUCGACGCCGAGUCGCAGCGGGCCAUGUUGCGCACAGUGCGGCGCGGGCCGCGCAUGAGACGCUUCUUCAACAUGUGCGGCGCGGCGACCGAGGUGCUCGUCGUGUUCUCCCUGUUCAGCACGCCGCCGCGGUGGGGCGAGUCCCAGGACAGAGUGUGGCUGCACUACGCCAUCCUGCUGAUGGAGACGUACGCCACGUCAUGCUGUCUCAACGCGUUCUACACCGUCAUCGUGUACCUGCUCAACGUGUGCAGAGCCUGCGCCGACCUGCACGUCGCCCUGGCGCGGCGGCUGGAGACGGGCCACGCCACAUCGACGUGCGCGUCCGUCCAGGGCGUCGUCCUCAACGCCACCUUGGUGCUCAACGCGGCCACGAGCGACCUGCUGCCCCACUUGCUGUUUGGGGUGGUCGGCGUGCCCCUCAUCAGUACUGUCGAGGUGGUGUCUAGCGGCAACCUUCAAGACAUCUACGCGGUGGGCACCGCCCCGCUUCUGCUCACCCUCUUCGUGCCCAUCUGCUUGACGGGCGAGCGGCUCGGCGAGGCGAGGCGCGAGGUCGCUUUCAGGGCGGCCCUGGGUCCAUGGCUCGAGGAGCUUCCCGUCGUACGGAGGCUACGUCUGGGCAUCCUGGUGGCUGCCGAAGGACGCGGUGCACAGCUCAGGGGCAGCGGCAUCGGCCUCCUGGACAAACCCGCCUGCCUCCAGGCACUCAAGUCGUGGUUCAGCUUUGUGCAGAUGAUGUUGAACUUAAGGGACAAGGCGUAAAACAAGGAUUCAAGUUCAAUAUAGAGUGCUUCGCGCGGUA